GAGAGAGGGAUGCGUCACUGGAUUAGUGCCUGAGACGCUGUCCCAGCCUCUUCCUACUUCUGAGCCUGCUGAGACGCCUCAAGAAGGGCACGACACUCACUGCUCGCUUUCCCUCCACCAAGCCUUCCACAUGAGCCAGCCAAGCCUUACCUCCCCACCAGGAUGAAGAAAGAAAAGAAAACGCAUGCUUUACUGUUUCUCCUUAUGCUUCACUUCACCUCGGCAAGGCAAUCAGACUAUGCUCCAUAUUUUUACGAUAAUGGUCCCAGCAGUACAAAUGGAAAUAUGGCCUUGUUCAGCAUCUCUGAGGAUACACCCGUUGGAACACAGAUAUACAUCUUGAAUGGCACAGAUCCGGAGGAAGAUCCAGUACGAUAUGGUCUUACUUUUGAAAAGGGCUCUACAGAAUAUUUUAGAGUGGACCCAAAUUCAGGAAAUGUGACUCUAAUUCAGGAGCUCGACAGAGAGAAACAAGAUGAAAUCUCAGUGCACGUGAGCAUAACGGAUGGCCGUAAUAAAGUUGUUGAGACAGUGAGAGUCUUUGUCACGGAUACCAAUGAUGAGCCACCUGAAUUUCAAAAUUUGCCUUUUAUUAUUGAUAUUCCAGAGGACACUGCUCCAGGAAGUAGCAUCUACAGAGUCCAAGCAGUGGAUAAAGAUAUGGGCUCAGGAGGAAGUGUUUCCUAUUAUCUACAGACCUCCCCAUUCACCAAGUUCACCAUUGAUGGACACAGUGGGAUCCUCAGAGUCAAACUCGGUGAGACUUUGGACUUUGAGACCACACCAACGCAUUUUGUGACAGUAGUUGCAAAGGAUGGAGGUGGAAAGUACAAGGGGAAGCAUCAGGUGUUGACCUCCACAGCCACAGUAACAAUUAAUGUUAUUGAUUCCCAAGACAUGCCUCCAUACUUUGUAGGAACACCAUAUUUUGGAUACAUCUAUGAAGUCUCUGUCCCUGGCUCUGAAAUAUACACAGUGUACGCUAAAGAUGGUGACCAAGGCAAUCCUAACCCGAUACAUUAUUUCAUUAUUAAUGGUAGUGAUGGUGUGUUCGACAUAAAUAGCACAAGUGGUUGCAUCACCCUGACAACUUUUCCAUCUUUGCUGAAAAAUGAGCUGUAUGAAAUCAAAGUCAAGGCAUCUGAGGUAGGCCCAAACAAUGAGCUCCAGGACUAUGAUGUUACCACAGUGACUGUCCGUGUGGUUGAUCUCAACAACCAUCCCCCAACCUUUUAUGGAGAAAAUGGGCCACAGAACAAAUUUGAAGUCACCAUGUACGAGCAUCCACCUGCAGGGGAGAUCCUCCGCGGCUUCAAGAUCACAGUCAACGACUCUGAUCAGGGAGCAAAUGCCAAAUUUAAACUGAGGCUAGUUGGGCCGAACCGAGUGCUUCGUGUGGUUCCCCAGACAGUCCUGAAUGAAGCACAGGUGACCAUCAUUGUGGAAGACACAUCCGGCAUCGACUAUGAAAAGGGGCCAACUCUCUCUUUUAAGCUCCUGGCGGUGGAGAUUGACACUCCUGAACGGUUCAGUGCAACAGCGGACAUAGUGAUCAACCUGCUGGACACAAAUGACAACAUCCCUAAAUUCACAUCUGAGUAUUACAUCGCCAGGGUCCCUGAGAACUCUCCUGGAGGCUCCAGUGUUUCAUCUGUAACAGCAAAUGAUCCAGAUUCCGGGUCUUGGGGUGAAGUCAAAUAUACGAUUUAUGGAUCAGGAUCUGAUUUGUUUUCCAUUAGCGCUUCAUCAGGCCUCAUCACCACACAGCCCUGGACCAGCCUGGAUGCAGAGGUCAGGUCAAAGUACAACUUUUAUGUCAAGGCUGAAGAUUCAGAGGGGAAGUACAGCUUGGCUGAAGUCUUUGUCACAGUCACUGACAUGAACGACCACGCUCCAGAAUUUGAUGAAGUGCUCGUGGAGAAGACGAUGAUUAUUGGCACGCCUGUCAAAGUAGAGGCCGUGGAUGAAGAUGCGGAGUCUCCAAACAACGUCAUUGAAUACUCCAUCAUGACCGCAGAUCCUGACAAUGCAUUUGACAUCAAUGCCGACACUGGCGAGAUCAAGCUGAAGCCUUAUAUUAAGUCUAUGGAGAUUGUGCAGAACAUCACCAAGCAGAAGGACUGCAAGUGGUCUGUGGUGGUCCAAGCCAGGGACCGAGGCUCUCCGUCCUUCAGCACCACAGCUGUGAUCAACAUCGAUAUCACAGAGGCGACUCCUCUCAAGGGGCCUAUGGCAGCCUUUUUAAUGAAAAGUAGGGACAAUCCUUUAAAAGCUCUAGGCAUGGUCACUUUUAUCAUUAGUGUUUUGGUAGGAGUGACUGUCUUGAUCUCUACGGCUAUGUACAUGCGCAACUCAAAGUCCAACAGGAUCAUGCCAGCACGCCGCAUCAUUAAGAGGCGACCCAGGGACCAGCAGCCGUGGACCUUCAAGAUGCCUGUUAUCAAAUUCACCAACCCUGGAGAAAAGUUCCUCAUCACUGACCCGGAGAGCAGCCCCCAGCAGGAGAUAGGCAGCCCCCGGCUGAAGCCUCCACCUCCCAUUGCUCCCUGUCUUCCGCCUCCACCUCCCUCUAACGCACGGCCCAAUGAAAGGCCACGUGCAGUCCCAACAAUAUCUGGCGCACUGGCAUCCAAAGGCUCCAAGAAGGCUAAGUCCAGCCGGCGUAAGGAGGGAAACAUCAGCUCUGCUUUAGUGUCGGAGCUUAAAAUGAAGCUUGAGCAGAAAAUACACGAGAACAACCAAGGUUAUUAUUAACUUUAAUGCACAAAUGUCUUCUUUGAUGGCUCUUAACUCAUUUCAUCCGAGUUCUGUGUGAUGAUGAGGUUACGUGAGCCUACCUUUGUGUUAUUUACAAGGAAACAAAAGAAGAGGGUGGUUUACAUACUUAUGUCUUAAGACAAGAUAGAAGUGGGCUGCAGUGUGUUCUCAGUUGACCUGCUUUAGAUAAAAACAGGAGACAGCUUGAGUCAGCAGUACAGUACUAGAUAAUUCACCACACUGCCAUCUUGAGGAGGAUUAUCAUUUUAACAUUAGGAAAUUGCACCGAGAUGGGAUUACUAAAACCUAAAUACAUAAAUUCACUGCUUUCUGAGUAUAACAUUCACAAGCCUGUAAAAAUUUUAGCACAGGAGUAUAAUUUUCACCUAAUACUGAAAAAAAUGAGUUUUUGUUCAUCAGAGUGUUAAUUGAAAUGUCAUGAUCAUUAAAAUAAAAUCACCAUCACUUGCAAUGGAAGUGCUUAAAGAACCUCUGUACAUAUAUAUCAUUUUACUUUGUCCACAUUGGCCGCUUGAAAGCUGAGAAGUUGCUCUUUUGUAUGAUGAAAAUGUGCCACUGUAGGUUUUCACAGUAAGAGCAUCUUGCUUUUAUUUUGUUGAGUGAGUAAUUGUAGAAAAACGCUUUUAUAUAAGUGGAUAUGGAUCUAUUUUAAGUGUACAGCACUGUAAAUAUGGCAAAAAACCCAGCUGUAUCAUGAUGCAGUAAAUACCGCAAAGUCAAAAUUAGACCAUCUAACUCCUCUUGAAGGAUGUUGUUGAUAAAAAUCAGUCAUAUGCUUGAAAUUUUUGAGCUCAGAUUACUAUUUAUAUAAGCUGCUUGGACACUUUAUUCGUAUGGGUAUUUAAAUGUAGUGUCAAAAAUGUAGGGUCUUUGCACUGCUACUUUUCAUGUUACUCUUAAAUGCCUUCAAAUGUAGGCAAAUACAGUGUCAUCACUGCAAGAAAUAUCACGUUCCUGAUUCUAUCUUAGCUUACUAUUGUAAAUAAGUUUAGAAAAACUAUAUAUCUUACAUAUAAAUAACACUUG